AAAAAAAGGAAUGAUUGGAGAGAGCGAGAGGAAUAGGUGAAGGUGGGGUGGAAGAAUAAGGAUAAGUUAUGGAAAGAAAGGUGAAAGAAUCCAUUGGUAUGUGCGAUCGAUCAUCUCCUCUGCGAAAUACAAUGGAGCUGACAGCCCAGCAGCUGAGCCAAUACAACGGCACUGACCCAUCGAAGCCGAUCUACGUGGCGGUGAAAGGCCGAGUCUACGACGUUACCUCCGGAAAAUCCUUCUACGGCCCCGGCGGCCCCUACGCCAUGUUCGCCGGCAAAGACGCCAGCAGGGCCCUCGCCAAGAUGAGCAAGAACGACGAAGACAUCUCCCCCUCCCUCGACGGCCUCUCCGACAAGGAGAUCGGCGUUCUCAACGACUGGGAGAACAAAUUCCAAGCUAAGUACCCUGUCGUUGCUCGUCUUCUCAAUUAAUUGUAUUCUAUCUAUCAUAUGACAUCAUCUCACCCUAAUAACUAAUAAUAAAAUUCCUCUGUCCAAAUUCUUGAUAGAGGAUUCUUGCAUCUCAUCUCGCUCCUCUAAUUGAUUAUAUUUAAACAUUGUUUUAGUUUACUUAAGAAAGGGAUUUUCGUUGCA